CUUCCUCUUUGCUCUCUCGGUCAUAUUUAUAUACAAUCUUUCUUCAACCAUCACCUCUGCAACGAAGAAACCUCCUCCCAGACGAUGGCCGAUCAGGUAGCGAGAGCAGAAGAAUUCGAGAAGAAAGCGGAGAAGAAGCUCAGCGGCUGGGGCGUCUUCGGCUCCAAAUAUGAAGACGCUGCUGAGUUUUUUGAUAAAGCAGCCAAUUGCUAUAAACUCGCCAAAUCAUGGGAUCAAGCUGGAUCAGCCUAUGUCAAGUUAGCAAGCUGUCAUUUAAAGUUGGACAGCAAACAUGAAGCUGCUGGCGCUUAUGCUGAUGCUGCUCAUUGCUAUAAGAAGACAAAUACUAAAGAGUCUAUAUCUUGUCUAGAGCAAUCAAUCAAUCUGUUCCUUGAGAUUGGAAGGCUCAACAUGUCUGCAAGAUAUUACAAGGAAAUUGCUGAACUAUAUGAGGGUGAACAGAACUUUGAGCAGUCUAUUGUUUAUUAUGAAAGAGCAGCUGAUCUUUUCCAAAGUGAAGAAGUAACAACUACUGCAAAUCAGUGCAGGCAGAAAAUUGCACAAUUUUCUGCUCAAUUAGAACAAUACCAGAAAGCAAUUGAGAUUUAUGAAGAUAUAGCACGGCAAUCGCUGAACAAUAAUUUACUGAAGUAUGGAGUUAAGGGGCAUCUUCUUAAUGCUGGCAUUUGUCAACUGUGUAAAGGCAAAGGGGAUGUUGUUGCAAUCAACAAUGCUUUAGAGCGAUACCAGGACCUGGAUCCAACUUUUUCUGGAACAAGAGAAUACAAAUUGUUGGCGGCGUUGGCUGAUGCAAUUGAUCAGGAAGAUGUUGCCAAAUUUACUGAUGCUGUCAAGGAAUUUGAUAGCAUGACCCAGCUGGAUGCUUGGAAGACAACUCUUCUGUUGAGAGUUAAGGAAGCGCUGAAGGCAAAAGAACUGGAGGAGGAUGAUCUUACUUGAAGUACCUUUUCUUUUUACUUCAAAUUAUGUCCUUGGCAUUUCAUAGAUGAGUGCAAUGAGUGGUGGUGUCUGAUUAUAUUCCUAUUCUAUCUUUCUUUUUGUGUGUACCAAAAUUUCGCAUUUGAAUCUGAUUUAAUACCUUACCUUCACAAGCAUGAGAUUGUAAUGGAGUUGGACUUUUUAAUCAUUUUCUGAAUGAGGUUCAUAAAUAAACUUGUAUUUGAAGAUUUUGUUGA